AUGUUUCAGCUAUACCGGGACCUAGAAGUCAAGCUCGCAGAAGAUUUAAACCUGCGGCCUGUUAUUGACCUGACUACGGAUGAUACCGAUUUUAGAUGUUCUAUUUGCUCAACCUUUUUUCGGGAUGCCGACUAUUUCGUUGUCGUAUGCGGAUGUCCUAUUUGUCCCGAGUGCCGCUUACGUUGUCGGAGCGAAAUCCCUACGGCAAUAUGCCUGCUGAAAUGUAAAAACCACCCGGAGACGGAUGGUAUGACAAGCAUCAGAGUUUUUCGCAGUGCCGAUUGCGGAAUUUGUUUGGAGCAAAAAACCCAAAUGCUGGUGACAAAAUGCGGAUAUGUGAUGUGUUCCGCGUGUGCCGAAAGGUGGUUCUUGAGCGAGUCGAAAUGCCCGCUUUGCCGCCAGUUUUACGAGUGCCUGAUUAGACUACGCGAAGAGCGUUUGCUUAUUGUGGCGGGCCUAACGUAUGCAUUGGGCGGAUAUUACGGUUGGCAUUUCCUCUGUUUUCAGAGGCCAGCCGGCUUGUUUUAUGCUUGA